AUGCCAUCUUCCUGUCCUCUCGAAAACAUCAGCAACUGCACCGUAGGGAAAUGUCCCCUCAGCUGUGCUCAGGUGGAAUACCUACCCACACUUGUCGGCAAUAUUUUAUACGCUGCUGCUUUCGGGUUGCUCGCGCUCGCGCAGCUCGCGCUCGGUAUUAAGUUCAAAACUUGGGGUUUCAUGGUCGGUAUGAUCUGUGGUCUCGUCCUUGAGGUAGUUGGAUAUGCCGGGAGAAUUAUGCUAUACGGCAACCCAUUUGACUUUAACAAUUUCAUCAUGUAUCUCGUCCCCCUAACAAUCGCCCCCGCCUUCCUCGCCAGCUCCCUUUACCUCUGUCUCUGCCGCAUAAUCAUCUUCCACGGCCAACAGAUUUCUCGCUUCAGUCCCCGCGCCUACGCAAUCACCUUCAUGACAAGUGAUUUCAUCUCUCUCGUCCUCCAAGGGGCCGGCGGCGGGCUCGCAGCUACCGCUAGUAAUAACUCUGGGGGUGAGACAGGAAGAGCCGUUAUGAUCGCUGGCGUCGUAUUUCAAGUUAUCUCGCUACUUAUCUUCAUGGGAUUGUGGCUGGAAUUCGUACUUCGCCUGUCCAGAUCCAGUUCGAGUGCCAAAGACCAACGUUUCACAGAGUUAAGAGACACAAAAAAGUUCGCUUGGUUCCAGUAUGCGCUCGGCGCAGCUGUUGUGCUCAUCUUUAUCCGCUCAGUAUACCGUGUUGCGGAGCUUCAGCAAGGUUUCAAUGGUCCCAUUGCCAACAACCAAGUGUCAUUUAUGAUCUUGGAGGGGCCGAUGAUUUUCCUGGCAGUGCUUGCGAUGACGGUAUUGCACCCUGGCAUUGCGUUUGGUAACAAUUUGCACAUCGCGGCUUGGUCCAUCACGCAGCCCAGGAAGUCUCCCUCUGUUGCAGCUAGCCUCUAUAUGGAAGACAUUCCCUUGCAACACAAGCGCAACUCUUUGUCAAAAUAA